UGUUCUCAGUUACAGGUGGCCUCCCUCUUGCAGUUGGGGCACGGUUCUGCAAGCGCCGUCCACGGAAGAAGGCCUAAACACAGAGAAGCCAACGACUUGAUACUCUUGAUUUAUGCGUUGGCCAUCGAUGCUCACAUGCAUCGAAAGGAACACCUUUCCAAGUGUUAUAGCAGGAUCAAGGGCAUCAUUGAGAAAUACAAGUUUGAUCUGGCAGGAAAUGCAACGGUUGAGCAAGGCGAUGACCUCGAGUUUGAUACUGACAGUGUUGAGUUGCAGUACAUCUCUGAACAUGAUGACGAUCCCAAAAGCUUGUGGGCUUAG